GUACUAUGUGCAGCACCGUCAAGCUAACAAUGGGUGUCUAUGGAGCCUCCAUGUGGCCCUUCGACAGUACCUCAGAUACUGGAGGUUCGGAGGGUUGGUGGAGCGCACAGUUGUCUAGCACCCACCAUGUCUCAAGAUCAUCGUCAGUUAGACAGCAGUCUCAUCUGCAGGGUUAUAUUGCCGUUGAUAUAGUCCAACCCCUUUGUGAGUAUUCCGGUGUUGCAAGGUGCGGUCCAAUCGAGCUAUUACUUCAAAUCCUCCUACAGAAAGCUGCUUCAGGCACUGCAGAGCUAUUUUUCUGGAACUAUUUGUGACCUACGUGUCAAUCCGUUCUACGAUGGGCACCUUCUGGUACGCGACUGUAGCAUGUUCGACAAAGUAUUUUAGGCUUUUCCCUCAUGUGUCGAGGCAUUCAAGUAUUGCAAGCCGUUUAUAUCCGUCGAUGGCACGCAUCUAUAUGGCAGAUACGGUGAGUGUUGCUUAUUGCGAUGGCGCAAGAUGGCAACAGCAACAUCCUGCCUAUUGCUUUUUCCGUUGUUGAGUCUGAGAGCACCGAGUCAUGGUCGUUCUUCCUUACUAAUCUGAUAUGCCAUGUCACCCCACAAGACGGCCUGUUGGUUAUCUCCGACAGAUCUCAGGCCAUCAAGGUUGCGCUAAGCUCCAAUGAUAGUGGUUGGCAUCUCCCAAGAGCGUUCCAUGCUUACUGUAUCAGACAC